AGUUCUAUGAUGUAUUCAGUUCAGUACUAUUCAGUGCAUAUACCUUUAGGAUUUUCCAUGUUUUUCUUAGAUAUUCUCUUUAGGACUUUUCUCUUUUAAGAACGAAAGAUGACAGAUGCUUCUUGCCGUUUGGAUCUUUUACCGAGCGAGGUGUUGUUAUUAAUCUUCGAUUAUUGCAAUGAAUACGAUUUGACGCGACUCAGCGAAGUAUGCAAACGAUUUUACGAGAUCAUACAUUCAGAUAUAGCCUGGACCAAGAAAAGCAAAACAUUUCUCGUUACGAAUCAAAUAUCGGAAAGGUUUCGUAAAAGAUGUAAUACAUUGCUGCAUCCUCGUGCAGCAUGGUCUGUAUCUUACAACUGGCAUUAUGGAAUAUACAGUAAAGAAAAUGUAUUCUCACGGAAUGAUAAAAACCUGAUGCCAUGGCUGAGAAUGACAAACAAUGUGCUUUGGUGGUCUGGGACCGGUUAUGGCCUUUAUGGCUUUAAGCGUCACGAAAGAACACCAUUUGAAUAUUCGUCUACUAAUAAGUUUACUUUUAGCUUUUACUAUAACGUAUCACUUUAUAGCGGAGCUGACAUCAGCAAAUUCAUUGUUUGGAAUAACUUCAUCAUAUGCGGCUAUACAGAUGGUGCUAUAAUCUACUUUAUGACGAAUUUAAAAAAGCGGAAAAGCGCAACGAUGCUCUGGCCAAAGUCUUUCUUGUCUUGUGUCAACGCUAUAGAUGCUACACCGAAAAAUGUUAUUGUGGGUUCAGAACGUGGUGAAGUGAAGAUGUUUAGGCAUCCAGGUAUUGUGAAUGUACCCACUUGGGAUUACUCGGAUGUGUCCAAUACAGAUGUGUCUAAUACAGAAGUUACUACUAAGACAAAAGUUACUGAUCGUUACACAAAAGAAAUUUGUAAUAUAAAUCUAGUGGAUAAGGUGCAAUCGCUCUCAGUUGAUCCUACGGGAGUAAGAUUUGCCGUUGGUUCGUCUGGAAUUACUGACGUUCCAUUACAUGUAAUCAAUGUCGAGCGUUACACAAUGGUCGAUAAAAUACAGCAUGAUUGGAAAUACGGCGCUGGAAUAUUAGACAUGGUAUGGGAUGAUCCCAACACUUUACUCACUUGCGGCUAUGAUACAUACAUCCGAAAAUGGGACAUGAGAACUGGAAGAUGCGUUUGCUCAUGGGUGGAUCCAUAUGACGCGACAUUAUAUUGCAUUGCAUCCGAUUAUCGAUAUACUAUGAUAACAGGGACACAAUAUAAUUGUUUAGCUGUUCUGUGGGAUCAGAGGAAAAGUGAUUUUGUUCAGCUGUAUUACGUAAACUCGAAAGAAUCAUCUCGACGCAGCCCAAUUUAUUCUGUGCAAUUCGACAAUACACAACUAUACUGUGCUACGGAUAGACACAUGAUCGAAUUAGACUUUUCAGUUCAUUCAUAUCGAAAGCGUGAUUACAAGUCGUUGUUUAUUCCGUGUACACGAUAAAUAGAUGUAAAUAGAUUUAAAUAAAAUUUUUAAUACUAAAGAGAAAAGUUUAAUUACAAUUUGUGAUGAGAAGCAUGGAAGACUUGAAG